AUGAAUAAUAAUAAUAUUGAUAUUAAUAAUAAUAAAGAGUUUAUAAGUAAUUUAAAUAAUACUUUACCAAAUCAUCAUUCAUCGGAUCAAUUAUCAAAUCAUUCAUUAAAUCAACAACCAAAACAAUUACCACAAUUAACCAAACAAAAAUCAAUUAAACAAAAUACAUUUCUAGCACCGAGACAACAAUCAAUGUAUCAAAAAAAAGUUGGAUACACUCAAAAUUAUAAUUUUUCUGGUAAUAAAAGUACUUUUAUUGAAGAUAAUAUUAAUAAAACUGAAUUGUCUAAUAAAUCAUUAUUAGUACCAAAUACUUUUCAUCAUAAAUCUCAUCCAAAUGCAAAAUCAAAAGAAUUAGGUUCAACUUUUAUAAAUGAUGAUCAUACAAAUAAUACUGAUAAUCAACAUCAUCAUCAAAUUAAUAAAACUCCAAAUUGGAUGCCAGAAGAAUUAAAUGAAAAUUGGCCGCAAUCUUUAAAUAUUGAAAAUCAACAACCUCCAACACCACAACAACAACAAUCACAACAACCACAACAAAUUGAACCAACUACUAUCAACACUAUAGUUCAUAAUUCAGAUAUUCAGUUACACAAUGAAUUACCAUGGCAACAGAAAAGUCCUGCUCAAAAGAAUCUACAACAUAUUUUCAGUGAAUCAAAUGAAAUUACUGAUACUUCAUCACCAUUAACAAAACCUACUUCUUCACCAAUGAAAAUAUUUGGUGGGAAUUAUGAUACUUAUACAAAACAACAAUUAAAUGGAGUUUUGAAAAAUAUUGCAUCAAAUAAAAACACUCCUGCUCAUAUAACCUCUAAACAACCAAUACAACCAAUACAACCAAGAGCUGUUAUAAAAGAUUUUACAAAGACUGGUUCUUAUAAUGAUAAAUCUUAUAAAAAUCAUGCAAAUAAAGUUUUUUCAAAUUUAGAAAAAAAAUUUAAAUCAAGUGAUUUUAGAGUAGUUUCUGCAAGUUCAACUCCAAGACAAGAACAAGUAGUUGAAAGUGAAUAUGCAUCGUAUACUACUGGUUAUAGUUCUGAUGAAAAAAGUGAAGUACCAAAUCCAAAAUCUAAUGAUUAUACAAUGAUUUCAAAAUCAGAAGAAGAAGAAGAAGAAUCAUCUGAAAUAGUAAUUGAUAAACUUAGGGAAUUAACUUUUGAACAAGAUCAUGGUUCAAGUUAUACAAAUGAAAGUUUAACUCAAGAAGAUAUUCAAAAUUUAAGUUUGGCUGAUACCACCAUCAAUAUAAAAUGGAAAUCCCCAUCAAAAUUGAAAAAAGAAUUUCAAUCACCAAUAAUUAAUGGGGAAAGACAACCAAACCUAAAGGUGCCAGAUAAUCUUGGUAAUAUGGUAUUUGAUAGUGAAAAUCAAAAAUGGAUUAAUUAUGAUGAAAAUUAUACUUUAGAUGGUUUGUCCGAGUUGAAUGAUGAAGCACCACCACCACCUAAAAAAGAAGUAUCAUUUUUUCAAGAACCGGCUAAUAUUACAAAUGCAAGGGAUGUUACAAAUGUACAUGACAUUGAAGAAGUUACCUUUUCAGAAACUGAAAAAAGUUUGGUGUCGGUCUUAAAUGAUAUUUUACUAGAAGAAAGCAUUAUUGAUUGGGAAGUUGUUGAAGAAAUUAAUAUUGCAAAAAAACAUUUAAUAAAAUUAAAAAUGUUGGAUAAAUUUUUACCAAAUUUAAAAAAGCUAGAUGCUUCACAUAAUCACAUAUCUUAUUUAUCAGGCAUUCCAAGAAAAAUUAUUGGAUUAAAUUUAUCAUUUAAUAAAAUUGAAAAUAGAACAACUUUUAAAGAUUUUGCAAGUUUAAGAUAUUUAAAUUUAGCAAACAAUCAAAUCUCAAGAAUAAAUCUUUGUUCAAAUAUUCAAUUAACUUCUUUAAAUUUAUCAAAUAAUCAAUUAACUAACUUUGAAGGUUUAAAACAGUUGAAAUAUUUAAAUGAAUUAAAUUUAUCUGGUAAUCUUUUAGAAGUGUUAGAUUUGAGUUCGUGUGAAUUCUUUGAAUUACAAAAAUUAAAUGUUUCAAAUAACAAUAUUAAAAAGGUUACUGGUAUUGGUCAUCUAAAGAAGUUAAGAGUUUUAAAUUGUGAUUAUAAUAAUUUGCUAAAAUUUGAUGCUGUGGGACAUUUGACAAAUUUAUCAAUAAACCAAAACCAAUUAAAAGUGUUAGAUGUUAGAGGUUUAAAAUCUUUGAGAUGUCUUAAAUUUGAUGGUAAUCAAGUUGAACAAUUUUUAAUGAAUAAAAUUAAUGGAAUUGAAAAAAUUUCAUGUAAAUUCCAACCAAAUGAAAUUUUCUUGAAUGAUUGUUUAUACUUGAGGGUUUUAAAUGUUUCUGGAUGUACAUUUUUACCAAGAAAUGAUAAUAUCACUCAUUUAACAAUGAAUUCAAUGAAAUUCAAGUCAUUACCAAAUAAUUUUGCUGAAGAAUUUCCAAAUUUACAAUAUUUGAACCUAAAUUUUAAUCAUUUCACAAAUGUAGAACCUUUGUUUGGGUUGAAAAAAUUAUAUUGUUUAUUAUUAGUAAGUAAUGAUUUAACUGAUGUUUAUGAAAUUAUGGCUCAUUUGAAAUCGCUAAUUGAUUCAUUAAUGGUUUUAGAUCUUAGAUUAAAUCCACUUACUAAAGAUUUAUAUUCCUAUGUAUUUUUCCCAGAAGAAACUCCAAUACAACAAUUAAAUAAUAUUGAAGAUCUUGAAAAUUUAGCAACUACAUUACAAGAACUUUCAACAAGUGGUGAAUGGCAAAAAAGAAAUGAAUUUAUGGAAAUAACUGAUUAUAAAGUUUUAUUAAUUUUGUAUUUUCAACAUUUGAAAAAACUUGACGGAUUAAAAAUUCCUGCUGCUGCUAAAAUAGCCGCACAUGAAUAUGCGGAUGUUUUAGUUUUGACGACUCCAGCUAAUUAUUAUGUUGAUAUUAGAAAAUACAAAACUCAACAAGGUUCCAAAUUUUACCAAGUUUUUGAAUUAUGUCUAGCAGGUAAAGAAAUUGAGUUAUCUCCUACAACCAUUAAAUUCGAUAGCUUCAUAAAUUCACAAAGUUUAAAAGAAUCAUUGGAUGGUAAAGAAUUGAUAAUUGAUUCAGAUAUUGGAGAAUUUUCUCAAAUAGGGUUAGAUCGUAAAGAAGUUGGUAAAAUGAAAAAUUCUUUGGGGGUAGUAUCUCCAUAUAUUGAAAUUUGGAGAUCAUUAGACCCAAUUAAACAUUCACCUAGUGAAGAAGUUAGAGAAGAUUCAAGUGUGGAUCCAAAAAUUUAUUAUACUUAUAAAUUAAAAUCAGGAUUAGGUAUGUUGGUAAGGUUAGAUAAUUGGAAACAAGGUUUGAUACAAUUGAAAGAUGACCUUAUAGUGUUAAGAAGUUGGUAUAAUGGUUCUGAAUGGAUAAAUCUUAUAGAAUUUGGUGAUAUAACUCAAUUUAAUCUUGAUGAUAAUUGGCAAUGUAUAGAAAAAAAUAAUUAG